AUGGGGGACCAAUACCAACAGACCCCGAGAGAUCAGACUACCACGGAAAUCAUUACUCAGCAUGUCAAGCACAAGAACAAUCUGCCGAAGACUGGCAGCGUCCCUUGGCACUUGGCUCCAGAGUUCCCGCACUCGAGUGAGCUCAUGUCCAUAGAUCCUGCUCCAUUGCCUCCUCCACCAGUUAUCAAGGAACUAUCUGAACGUGAUGCCAAGAAUGCCUACCUUGAGUUCCAGUAUAUCACGAAUCGUUUUGAGGGUACUGAACUUCUUCGGCAAGCUAUCAACUGCUUCAGAAACAAGCCUAGAAUGAUGGAGGGCGACAGAGACACCUUCUACAUCUAUACCCAGGUACACGUUCAAGGCUACUUGUUUGCUAGAUCUGGGGCAGCUUGCCGCAUUGCCUUCUCAACAGAGCGCUCGCCCACCAAAGUUGAGUGGAAGCAGACAACCCGGCUUACUGCUGGUACCCUUAUUGCACUGUCUCCCAAAGAUGACAACUUCAACACCGAAUGCUACGUUGCAGUUGUUGCCGCACGAUACAUAGUGGGUGGCCUAGAACCUGAUCUUGCUAAUGGCGAAGACAAGGACACUCCGCCCCGCAUCGAGAUCUUUUGGUCCGACUGCAACAAUGCCGUCUUCGAUCCUUCCGUUGAGAUGGUGAUGCUUGAAGCCAAAGGAGGUUAUUUUGAGACUGUUCGCCACGCCAUGGUUGGGCUGCAACAUGCCGCAAUGUUUGAUUCCAAGUUUGACAAAUACAUCAUUCACGAGUCCAACACCGAACACACGACCGCCUAUCUUGCAGACAUUCCAGGACAGACUCCUCGUAUUCCUGAAAGAGCUGAUCACCUCGACCAUUCUCAAAAGGAAGCUUUGGAACGCAUGACCCACAAAGAACUGGCUGUCAUCCAAGGUCCUCCUGGCACUGGCAAGACAUUCACAUCAGUUGUAGCCAUUGAAAGCUAUGUCCAGACUCUCAAGUCUGGAAAAGAAGCCCCACCUGUCAUAGUUGCUGCUCAAACCAACCACGCUCUCGAUCAGCUUCUCGACCGACUCUCGGUUUUUGAAGCCGUCAUUGUGCGUCUCGGUGGCCGGACAGAAGACGAGGCGAUAGAAGAGCGUACUCUGUUCAAUCUCAAAGCCAAGUUAAAUAAUAAAUUUGGUAGUAUUGCGGGUGAGCAAGCUCGAAGAAAGGUUCUCGGCACAAUUGAGACGUUGUUGUCGGAAUGCUUCCCUGCAUUUCUGAUCCCAGCUGAAGAGUUUCUUCGAGAAGGACUCCUCUCGGAUGCUCAGUACAAGUCUUUGGAUGAUGACGAGUGGGAAUCUGCUACUCUGGUCAAUCGUGAUGACGGAAUUGAGAUCGAGUGUCGCAUCGCGCACUGGCUCCAGGUCAUCGAGGACGACCACACUGUUGACAUACGCCCUCCUCAGAACCAGGCUGAGAAUCCUGCAAAGGAUGACGCUGUUGAAGAAACCCAGCAGGAAAAUCAGAAAGAGAGACUCAAGGGUGCUUUCUUUCCCAUGAAGUUCAAUGUCACCGGUGCCCUUCCGAGAGCACUCUCCAAACAUGCCGCAUGGGUCCACCGAGCCCGUAGGCUAUUGAAAAUGCAUCAAGAUUUAUAUGAGAUCAAGCCAGGUGAUCGCGGCAUGGUCUAUCGCCUCCUACGAGAAGAACUUAUCCGCGCACGAGCUCAAAAGUUCCCUCAACUUCUUAAAGAGUACCAGGAAGCCUGUGAUGAUAUCAAAGUCCAGCGAUGGGAGAACGACGUCAAGCUCAUCACAAAUGAACGCAUUGAGAUCGUGGGUUGUACAACCACCGGACUAUCCAAGUAUCGUGGUAUGAUCGCAGCAUUGAAGCCCCGCAUAUUGAUGAUCGAGGAAGCGGCCGAAACUCGAGAAGCCAACAUUAGUUCCGCUCUCUAUCCCAGUUUGGACCAAGUCGUACUUGUCGGCGAUCACCAGCAACUUGUCCCAUCUGUAGAUGUGCGAGAACUCGGCCGCGAGCCCUACAAUAUGCAUGUGUCUAUGUUUGAGCGUCUGGUCAAGCUCAAGUUGCCAUACAGUAUGCUCCGAGUCCAGCGUCGUAUGGUCCCUGCAAUUCGCGAAGUGGUCAACGCGUUCUACCCCAAGCUCACCGAUCAUUGCUCCGUCUACGACCCAGACAACCGACCUCCUGUACCGGGCAUGGGCGGAAAGAGCCUUUGGUGGUUUGAUCACGAGGGACAAGAGAGACAGAAUGCCAACGACUUUUCAUUUUCGAACCCAGAUGAAGCCGACAUGAUAGUGGGCUUCGUGCGAUAUCUCGUUCAGAACGGCGUUGACCCAGAACGUAUCACUAUUUUGACGUUCUACAAGGGGCAGGUUGCUCUCAUCACGGAGAAGCUUCGUCGCGACCCGUAUCUCGAACUCAAGAAUCCGUUGAAGAAGUGGUCCGUAAGGACCGUCGACGGUUUCCAGGGCGAGGAGAACGAUGUCAUUCUGCUGUCUCUAGUUCGAACUCUUGGCCCGGGCUUCAUUGGGAAUUCGAAUCGGGCAAACGUGGGUACCAGCCGAGCGAGAUGCGGAAUGUAUGUCUUUGGCAACUCCCAAACACUUGUGCGGGAUGAGAAUUCAGAGGCGUACAGCACAUGGAGAAAGGUCAUCGAUGUGUUUGAACGACGCCAGUGUAUCGACGAUUACCUUCCAGUCACUUGCCGUAACCACGGAACGCGAACAAACAUCAAGAAUGCCAGUGGAUGGAAGUACAUCCCUGGAGGCGGCUGCGACAAAGGUUGCGAGUCCACAUGUUCAAAGGGACACCCAUGCAAGCUCACUUGCCACAAGUUCGACCACAGCGAGGUCAAAUGCUUGGAGAAGUGCGAAGAAAUCCUGAAGUGUGGCCACAGUUGCGAAUCCCUUUGUUGGCAACCUUGCAAAUGCCCCUCACGAUGCGAUGAGCCUCCAAAGAUGACCUUGCCCCUGAGAACUUCUCCAUUGCCUGCUCGAGCUUCCAAAAGGUCUAACCGUCGCCCUCAGUCACGAAGCGACAGAACACUUUCGGGGGGGUCCAGUCAUCAAACGUCCCCAGCUCGCCGGUCUGAUCCCUUCAAAGCUCCAAGUCCCCCGGUACCAACUUCGCCUCCUAUGGCACAAACUCGAAAACAUUGUUUAGAGCCAACCAGCGAACAGAUCAUGGAGGUGGGAUACUACGCUGAAACCAUGCAGCAGGUCCACCAGGGCGCAGACGCCUCAAAGGAAGGUUCUCCCCCCGACAAAUGGAGCCCCCAGAAACUGGCCAAGAAUGACAAACUGCUGGCAGAGGACGCCAAGGCUAAGAGGGGUAAGAAGAGCCCAGAGCUGAUACAAAUCAGUGAGACCUGGCUUCGAACGACAACAUCGGACAACCUUCAGCGACGACGUGAAGAGAAAGUGGAAAAACAUUGGUCAAUGAAGGUCUCAACUGGCAAAGAAGUUGAACCCAGCCUGAAGAAGCCUGCCGAAGAUGGCGAGGACGAUGACGAUGACGAGGAUGAGGACGAUGGCGAUGACUUGAUUAGCUUCGAUUAA